UUGUGCGGAGCUCCGAGGAUGGGAGCGCAUCUGCAGCCGCUCGCCCUGCGGCUCCUGGCGCUCACUUUCCCCUUGGUGGCCAAGGGUUUUCCCGACGAAACCUUGGAGAAAGCCGCGAAAUCCGAGGGAUAUUGCAGUCGGAUCCUGCGAGCCCAAGGCACCAGGAGGGAAGGGUACAAUGAAUUCAGCCUCAGGGUGGAGGGCGAUCCAGAAUUUUACAAGCCUGGAAACAGUUACCGGGUGACCCUUUCUGCUGCCACUCCUGCUUACUUCCGAGGGUUCACACUGAUCGCCCUCAAGGAAGGAAAAGAAGGGGACAAAGAGGAGGACCAUGCAGGAUCCUUCCAGAUCAUAGAUGAGGAAGAAACCCAGUUCAUGAGCAAUUGUCCUGUUGCAGUGACUGAGAGCACGCCGAGGAGGAGGACACGCAUCCAGGUGUUCUGGACAGCUCCUCCCACGGGCACGGGCUGUGUGAUCCUCAAAGCCAGUAUUGUGCAGAAGCGCAUAAUUUAUUUUCAAGAUGAGGGCUCUCUCACAAAAAAAAUUUGUGAACAAGACUCAGCCUCGGAAGGUGUGACCGAAAAACCGAUUUUAGACUGUUGUGCCUGUGGUACUGCCAAAUACAGGCUGACUUUUUAUGGCAACUGGUCAGAAAAAACACAUCCUAAAGAUUUUCCACGACGCACCAACCACUGGUCUGCCAUCAUUGGCAGCUCCCACUCCAAGAACUACAUCCUGUGGGAAUAUGGGGGAUAUGCCAGUGAAGGUGUCAAGCAGGUUGCAGAGCUGGGGUCCCCAGUGAAGAUGGAAGAAGAAAUUCGACAGCAGAGUGAUGAGGUUCUGACAGUCAUCAAGGCCAAGGCACAGUGGCCAGCCUGGCAACCUCUGAAUGUGAGAGCUGCUCCCUCUGCCGAGUUCUCCGUGGAUCGGCACCGGCACCUGAUGUCCUUCCUCACCAUGCUGGGCCCCAGCCCCGACUGGAACGUGGGGCUCUCUGCCGAGGAUCUGUGCACCAAGGACUGCGGCUGGGUGCAGAAAGUCGUGCAGGAUUUGAUCCCCUGGGAUGCUGGCACGGACAGCGGUGUCACCUAUGAGUCUCCUAACAAGCCUACAGUGCCUCAGGAGAAGAUCAGACCUCUUACAAGCUUAGAUCAUCCUCAAAGCCCAUUUUAUGAUCCAGAAGGAGGAUCCAUCAAGCUGGUGGCCAGAGUUGUCAUUGAGAGAAUUGCACGAAAGGGGGAGCAGUGCAAUAUCGUUCCUGAUAACAUAGAUGAUAUUGUGGCAGACUUAGCACCAGAGGAAAAAGAAGAAGAUGAUACCCCUGAGACUUGCAUAUACUCCAACUGGUCCCCGUGGUCGGCCUGCAGCUCCUCUACCUGUGAAAAGGGCAAGAGGAUGAGGCAGAGAAUGCUGAAGGCUCAGCUGGACCUCAGUGUGCCCUGCCCAGACACCCAGGACUUCCAGCCCUGCAUGGGCCCGGGCUGCAGUGAUGAAGACGGCUCCACCUGCAUGAUGUCUGACUGGAUCACCUGGUCCCCCUGCAGCGUCUCCUGCGGGAUGGGAACGAGGUCCAGGGAGAGAUAUGUAAAGCAGUUCCCUGAGGAUGGCUCCAUGUGCAAAGUGCCUACUGAAGAGACUGAAAAAUGUGUUGUAAAUGAGGAAUGCUCUCCCAGCAGCUGCCUUGUCACUGAAUGGGGGGAGUGGGACGAGUGCAGUGCCAGCUGUGGCACAGGGAUGAAGAGGAGGCACAGGAUGAUCAAGAUGACUCCAGCUGAUGGAUCCAUGUGCAAGGCAGAAACCACUGAGGCAGAGAAAUGCAUGAUGCCCGAGUGCCAUACCAUCCCCUGCCUGCUCUCUCCCUGGUCUGAGUGGAGUGACUGCAGUGUAACCUGUGGCAAGGGGAUGAGAACAAGGCAGAGGAUGCUGAAAUCUGCUGCUGAGCUGGGAGACUGCAACGAGGAGCUGGAACAGGCAGAGAAAUGCAUGCUGCCAGAAUGCCCCAUCGACUGCGAGCUGACAGAGUGGUCCCAGUGGUCUGAGUGCAACACGUCCUGUGGCAAGGGCCACAUGAUCAGGACGAGGAUGAUUAAAAUAGAGCCCCAGUUUGGGGGAGCAGCCUGCCCUGAGACCGUCCAGCGUGCGAAAUGCAGAGUGAGGAAGUGCCUGAGGGGAGCAGGGAUGGAGAAAAGGCGCUGGAAGGAGGCCAGGGAGAAGAGGAGAAGCGAGCAGGCAAAGAAGAAUUUGGAUAGUGAGCAAUACCCAGUUUGUAGGCUGAAACCAUGGACUGCUUGGACAGAAUGUUCUACCCUCUGUGGAGGUGGAAUUCAGGAGCGCUACAUGCUGGUAAAGAAGAGGUCCAAAAGCACUCAGUUUACCAGCUGCAAAGACAAAAAGGAGCUAAGAGCAUGUAAUGUCCAUCCUUGUUAACAAAACACAAGGUUCCAAGAGAUGCACUCUGAGCUAAAUGGAAAGUCAACCUUGGUUUGUUUUUUUAGAACAACAACAACAACAACAACAACAACAACGAAAUAUAAAGUGUAUAUUAGUUUUCAUUUUUUGCAGUGUGGUUUGCUUUUUAGUCUUGCUGGUGCAAGAAAAAAUAUUUUAUAAAUAUUUCCUCACGGAUUUAUGCUGAGAGUAAGUCUUUGGUACUCCAGCCAGCCCUUAAUGCAUAAAAAUAGUAAAGUCAUGGUGAGUUAUUUAACUAAAAGACAGACACAUCUGUGGACAUGGAAUAGCCAUACAGAAAUACCACUUGUAAAGACAUGGGAUGCAUGCAUAUUAACAAACUAAGUUAAAGUGACAGAAAGUUUCAUCUGUGGGAGGAUUUGUCUCUAGAUUUGAUUUUGAAAAUCCAAAGCAGUGCCUCUGUGAUUACACAACUAUGCCAAGGAGUAAUUUCAGUAAUGCUGGUUCAAUAACAUUAAAGGUGCAUGUUUCUCUUUUUACACUAUUGGGUUAAGCUGGUAGUUAUUAUAAUAAUUAUAAUCCUAAACACUUUUCUGCACAUGGAUGCUGUGGUCCAUGCAAGAAGGUCUUUUUUUCUUCCAAACUUAAAAAGGAAGUAAUUUUUGCAGCUUGAUAAUGAUGUCUGACCACCACACAAUCACAGUCAAGACAGCACAUACAGAAAACAUGCAAAUA